AUGGAGCUGGUGCGCCUGCUGCUGCGCCUGAUGCACUGGAGCGGCGCCCUGCGACACCCCUCCCCGGUCGCCGGCUGCUACCCGCUCUACUCGGCCGCCCUGCUCUGCCUCACCGCCUGCUUCGUCGCCACACAGGUGGCGGCGGUGGUGGACCGGCAGGCGGGCGCCGACCUGGACCAGGCGACGCUGGCGCUCUGCGUCGCCUCCACCAUGUGCGUCGCCAUCUGCAAGGUCCUCAACAUCCUGCGCUCCGAGCAGCUGUUCCUCAGGCUGGCGCACGAGCUGGUCGUCGUCGGCGUGGUGGCCGUCGUUGUGCCCUGCAGCGACCUCUUCACCGUCGCCUGCGUCCAGCGCCUCGGCACGCUGCUGCGCAUCCUGGAGCGCCGCGUCGAGCGCCUCGGAGCCGCGGCCAGUGCCCCAACCCCUGGAGGGCAGCGCCCCACCCCCGCCACGGGACGCGCCGUCGCCGGCGCCGACCCCCUGCACCGGGCGCUGCGUGACUGCGUCUCGCUCCACCAGCGCAUCAUCAGCGAGGCGGAGUGCCUGAACCGGGCCGUCGGCGGCGCGCUGCUGCCGCAGGUCGUCGCCUCGGCGGCAGGCAUCUGUUUCCUGCUCUUCCAGGUGGCCAAGAAAACCUCGUUCCAUGUGGUGGAGACAGGCAAGCUGCUAGGCUACCUGACGUUCAUGCUGUCGCAGCUGCUCUUCUACUGCUGGUUCGGUGACGACAUGCUUUCCAAGAGCGAGCGUGUCGCGCUGGCGGCCUACCGCUGCGCCUGGCCGGGCGCGCCGACGAACUUCCAGCGAUCGCUGCUCCUCGUCUCCAUGCGGGCCCGGAAGCCGCUCACGCUGCGCGCCGGCAAGUUCUUCGUCUUCUCCAGGCAGGCCUUUGUCCAGGUGAUGAACGUUUCAUACUCUUACUUCACUGUGCUGCGCAGCCUCUCGGAGGCUUGAGAGGCUGCCCAGCACCGGCUGCAGCCACGGCUCACAGUCCAUCACCAACUACACGACCCCGCUGCGCUUCACCCCUGUCUGCUGCUAUCUCAUCUGAGAACACGCCACAAACACUUCACAAGCAAAGACUCAAAAAUCAAUAAAGGAUUUACUACUCUAACCGUGUGAUAUUUUCACAAUUUUCCCACCGAAAUAGGUUCUCAAAGUGUACAGAUGCCUCAAGCAGGACUGUUUAACUUACAAACAUUUCUCUUGUAUAUUUCAUUAACCUUUCGCCGUAUUACGAUUUCUGUUAUCGUCGUACGCAACUUAACGUAAAUGAAAAAUAUUUCGCUUCAAGUGAUGAAAUACAAGCUGCUACAAGUCAAAGGAUCAAACAGAGGUGUUCCAUUCGUUAUGGUUUUGAAAACUGUAGAUGUCAGUGGAAAAUAAAAUUGUGAUAUUAUAGUUUCAUUUCCCUACGAUCAGUCAGUAAGAAAAUAUCAGAACCAGGAAAAUAAUCUGUAUUUUUUUCACGAAACUGAAUUCCAGAAAAAUUGCAGAAAAUUACUUGAGGAAUAUUCUUUGUGUUAAAUCAUUUUCAUAUGAGGAAAACUUCCCACCCAGCCGGAGAAUGCACACAAUUACUAAAAACAUUCAUCCGAAUUCGUCCGUACUAUGUUCUCUCUGCUCAAUAUGCCAAGCGCAAUCAUUUUUUUUUUAAGUCGUCCCUUGCCUAUUAAUUUCUAAUGA